AUGGUGAUCAACAUUCAUAUAACACCUCGCGAACGUGAGCGGUUAAUCCGGGAAGAACGGCAGCGAAGGAGAAUUGCAAGGAUUCUGCAGAAGGGAGCUUCGACGAUCGGUAUCGGAGAGGAAUGUCGGAAGUUUCUUCUGAAGAGCACGGUAACGUCAGGUUGCCACUUCCGUCAGAUACAUCUACAGUUUCUUCAACUGUUCAUAAGCGCGCUUCCACACGAACUCCACAUCGCCAUCACCACGUCUUCACGAAGCAAGAUGCGAUCCGAGCCUUGCAACGAGGGAAACACGCACAGGAACGACUCCGUGCUGAACGCCUUGCCGAGAAAAAAGAAGCUGUGGAUGCCAUGCGGCGGAGGCGACAGGCAGUUCAAGAGGCAAAUAGAUUUAAUAUGGUGA